AGGUUGGCCCAUGUGGAUGUUGCUAACUGUCAACAUUCCCUUGCUCACAUUUCCAAGAGGAGGAGAAGCCUGGUCACUCGACUAUCUCCCAACAUCUUCUUCAUUUCUGCAUCACAAUCCUUGGAAACUUACACGCAUCAAGAUGAAGGUUGUCGGAUCUACCUGCGCCCUGAAGAGCAAGGUCGGCGGAGAGGACAUGGUGCGCUGCCUGUCCGAGCAGAGCUUGACCAUCUCCAAGAUCAAGAUCCCGCUGCUGGACGAGCAGAUGAGCGUCUUCCUGCAGGACAUGAACAACUGCUACAGCAAGCUCAAGGAGCUGGUGCCCACGCUGCCCACGAACAAGAAGGCGAGCAAAGUUGAGAUCCUGCAGCACGUCAUCGACUACAUCUGGGACCUGCAGGUCGAACUCGACGAGCCGGAGAAGAGCCGCCAGCUCAUGGCGAGCGGCAUCGCCCGCACACCGCUGACCACGCUGAACGCAGAGCUCGCUAGCAUCGCAGCUGAGAAUGGAUGCUCAGAUGACAGGAUCAUGUGCCGCUAAGAGCUCGUGGAGCAUCGCACCGUGACUCCACCGCGGUCACCGCCAAGAAUGAACAAGGCUAUACCUGAUGUGACAUCUCCAUUUCACAUCGAAAGAAAUCCUUGAACUGUGUAGGGACGUUUCUAACUCCCAAGAAGCUAGAACAAAAAAUACAAUGUGUGGACAUCCUCCGGUUGGCGAGGAUCCCUGCUACUCGCGGCUCUCGAUUCAUCCGAGGGUCCUGAGAAAAGAGAGGGGACCUGCUAGUGUCCCGAAAUAGACUGGGUUAGCCCGGGGGGACCAAGACGGGCCGAGGGCAGCCACUGCCUCGCUUGUUGCUUGUAGAGUUUUAUUGUUUCUAAAGAAAGCUAAUGUUUCUGUUACGCUCUUUGUAUCUUGUAUAAAAUCAUGUAGAGAAUUCAGCAUUUUGUAAAAAAUUGAAAAAGAUAAAUUUCUCAGAUUACUGAGCGACAAACUGUAUUGUAUAUUACAAUGCCUCAUUAUGUGAAGAUAUUGUUUUCUUACAAUGUACCUUAUUGCUGUUUUUUUAUUAAAACAAGACAAUUAUUUUUCAACAAGAAA